ACUUGACAGCGUGUGGAGAGGCGGGGGAUUGCGAACAAACCGAGUGACUGGAGGUCUGCUGCGGACUCAGCCGGAGCAGCCGAAACUGAAAUAGGUGGGAAAAGUUCUUCUUCGCUACCACUCUGGUCGUCACAGAGAACAGAGAGACACCACUUGAGUUUUUAAAGCCCAGCAGUUCCCCUCAGUCAGACAUGAGGAGCCCCCCAGGCCUGGGUCGCUGAACAGUUGAGGUCAGAGUUCAAGUGCUUGUUCCUGGGCAGUCAUGGCUGACAGAGAAGGGCUGCCUAUCGCCCCGGGUCAGGUGUACAUCGAGGUGGAGUACGACUACGAGUACAAGGCCAAAGACAAGAUGGUGGCUAUCCGCCAGGGAGAGUGCUACAUGCUGGUGAAGAAGACCAAUGAGGACUGGUGGCAGGUGAGGAAGGAGGAGGGCACAAAGGCUUUUUACGUGCCGGCGCAGUAUGUUAGGGAGGUGCGCCGGGCGCUCCUGCCCCCCCAGAAGCCCACCUUGAGGGCCAAGCCCACCGUUUUGGAUAUUUGCCGGGCGUCCAAUGAAAACCUCAACAGACCCCAGCCGGAAAUGUCCAGCUUUGGACGUCCGUCACCUUCCUCGACCCCAUCGCCAUCGUCUGAUCGUGUCACACCACCAGUUCUACCCAAGGAUGCGAACCAGAACAUGGGGAGUCCUCAUCACUGCAAGGUGGUAGCUGAAUUGGUACUUCUUCACAACAACAACAACCACCACCAUGCCAACAAUUCCACGUUGCCACGGACACGGGCAGACUCGCCUCCGCUCAAAGUGGGGAACAACCAUAACCGAAGUCCCGACAGUGAGAAGACCUCCCCACCAAGUGAGCUGCCAGGAGAGGGGCUGAACAAACUCCGCAACGAUUCCGAGUCUGGGGACGAGCUGAGCAGCAGCUCAACGGAGCACAUGCAGACAACAUCACCUACAGGUCAAGGCCGGUCCGACUCCCCGGUCUACACCAACCUCCAGGAGCUGAAGAUCUCACAGUCCAGCCUGCCCCCCGUCCCCUCUGGCUCACCUCUCCAUAUCCUGGGUGACUGGGAAACCCACAAAGACCUGAGCGGCAGGCAUUUCUACUACAACAGAGCCACCGGAGAGCGGACCUGGAAGCCCCCGCGCACCAGGGACACCAGCGGCAGCACCAGCAGUAUCCGCGGAGACAGCCAGGGUACAGUGGAGAGUGAGCUGCUGUCCUCUGAGGAGAACUGCCACAGCACCCACUCCAGUCAGUCUGACAGCCAGUACGGGUCGCCCCCCAGAGGCUGGUCUGAGGAGCUGGAUGAGCAUGGACACACACUUUAUGUGUCUGAAUACACACAGGAGAAGUGGAUAAAGCAUGUGGAUGAACAAGGCCGGCCCUACUACUACAGUGCUGAUGGAUCCAGGUCAGAAUGGGAACUGCCCAAGUAUAAUAUCUCCCCUCAGUCCGGCGAGGUUCCCAAGAGUCGCAGUCUGGAGAGGAAGCAGCAGGAUCCUAUCGUUCUCACCAAGUGGAGACACAGCACCUACGUGUUAGACCUCAACGACAAGUUCUCAUUCAAACUCUGGCGGUUCGCUUCAGAUCCGCACAAGAGGAGAUUUCGUCUCUCUCUUUACCGAGAUAAAGAGUGUGCUCCGGUGCCCAAGCAGAGCUCUCCAGACUCUGACUCCUGCCCCUCAUCUCCUAAGCACCCCUCGACCCCUUCAGAGAAGUGUGGAGUCCUCAAUGUCACCAAAAUCACAGAAAAUGGAAAGAAAGUCAGGAAGAACUGGACCUCAUCAUGGACAGUGCUGCAGGGUUCCUCUCUGCUCUUUGCCAAGGGUCAGGGGGGCAGCACCAGCUGGUCUUACUACCGCAGUGGCUCCAUCCCAGAGCUGCUCCUCACUCUUCUUAGCAACUGGAAGCGCUCAGUCAAGCCCCGUCCUGCUGUCUCCUAUGUGAACUGUAGGCCUGUGCAGGCUGCCGCUAAGUUUGGCAGCAACCAAUCGAAGCCCGAGUUCACAGUUGAUCUGCGAGGGGGGUCUGUGGACUGGGCCUCCAAGGACAAGUCCAGCAAGAAACAUGUCAUCGAGCUGAAGACCCGUCAGGGGACUGAGCUGCUGAUCCAGUCAGAGAUCGACAGCGUGAUCAAUGACUGGUACCGGGCCCUCACAGAGACCAUCAACACACACGCCUGGGAAUCAGAUGAAGCCAUUGAGGAGGACAUGCCUGAGUCUCCUGGAGCUGAGAAACAGGACAAGGAGAAAGACCACCGAGACUCCAAGAAGAACAGAGUGAUGAAGACCUCUGUGAGUAUGGACUCAUCAGACCAGAAGAAAACCAGGAUGAAACUCAAGAAGUUCCUGACACGUCGACCCACAUAUCAGGCUGUCAGAGACAAGGGAUACAUCAAAGAUCAGGUGUUUGGCUGCAGUCUGACCAGUCUGUGCCAGCGGGAGAACACAUCAGUGCCCAACUUCGUCAAGAUGUGCAUUGACCAUGUGGAGAACACAGGUCUCAAUAUUGACGGCUUAUACAGAGUGAGUGGGAACCUGGCAGUGAUACAGAAGCUCCGCUUUGCUGUGAAUCACGAUGAAAAGGUGGAUCUGAAUGACAGUAAGUGGGAGGACAUCCACGUCACCACUGGAGCUCUCAAGAUGUUCUUCAGGGAGCUUCCUGAGCCUCUCUUCACAUAUGGAUCCUUCAAUGACUUUGUGAAUGCCAUCAAAUGCUCGGACUACAAGCAGCGAGUUAAUUCAAUCAAAGACUUAAUCAAGAAGUUGCCAAAACCCAACCACGACACAAUGCAAAACCUCUUCAAGCAUCUGCGGAGGGUGAUUGACCACGGAGAGGCCAACCGCAUGACCACCCAGAGCGUGGCCAUCGUGUUCGGACCCACGCUGCUCCGGCCCGAAACAGAGACGGGCAACAUUGCGGUCCACAUGGUCUACCAGAACCAGAUAGUGGAGCUUAUACUGCUCGAGUACGAAAGCAUCUUCGGGAGGUAGAGGCGCCCGCUCAGAGGAGGAUGCCGGGCUUUUCAAAACACAGACUUCUUUUCCUUUAUCCCCCUUUUCUUUGGGUGAACUGAACAACGCUGUGGACCAAGCAGUUGGGAGAAAAUAAUCUAAUUUACAUUCAUCGACAGGACCGUUUACGAAAGUGUUGCACUUACAGAAGUUUUGGAGAUGAAUUUAAAAGAGGUGUACAGAUUUCACCCGCUUUUUCAGUUGCCAUUCCUGCUGCGAGUAGCGGUCUGGAUGAUGGACAGUGUUUCGUAGUGAUGCCGUGAUGACGUGUAAACGUCCGUGUGAUUUGGUGGUUUUGAAUAUUCAGGUGUAUUAACAUGCACUGGAUCCCUGUGGCCAGUAAUUCAAACUCCAGAGCGGAGGCGGUGGCACCCUGCGCAUCUUGGUGGAGUCCGACCAGACUUUAGUGGAUCACGGCACCAACGUGCUCCCUCUGCGGCAUUAAAACCUGAACGGGCACCCUCCUCACCUUGCUGGAGGAAGGAUCAGAAUCUGAAUCUGGAUCAGAACUGGAUACGUUUUCUGUGUCGUGGAGCUUUGUCUGUGAUGUGUAAGCCCUCUGUGGUUUUGGAUCAGGUGGAAAAAAUAAUCAGUGUUAUGUUGACUGUCUUUUGGCACUUGGAUGAACUGGAGUCACAGAUCGUGUCCCCACAAUCCCUCUUACUUCACCACAACCCCCCACCUCACCUCCAUGUCCCCCCUUUCAACCAGUGUUAACCAUUAACCCUGUGACAUGAGCGUCCCAUGACUUGAAUGACGGAGGACAAACCCUCUGUUUGUGUGUGUGAGUGAAUUAACCUAAAUGGAAUAAAACCUGAGCAGAA